ACUCAACAAACUAAUUCAUCUCUAUAUUAUACUCUGUUCUGCUCAUUAAUCUCAACUAAAAACGAAGUUGGAGAGAUGAAUUUUAAGUUUAUAUGUCUGGGGUUUGUGACGCUAUGGUGUUUGUUGUGGCCUAUUGUGAGCCAGCCGCCGAUGCCGGACGGAUUCUGGUACGGCGAGGAGGCGGCGGAGGAGAAGGUGUUGAUUGAAGCGUUUUUCGACCCGGUUUGCCCCGACAGCCGCGACUCGUGGCCGUCGCUCAAGCAAGUCUUCCAGGAAUUCGCCUCUCGCGUUAGGCUCGUCGUCCACACCUUUCCUUUACCUUACCAUGACAAUGCAUUUGCCACUUCUCGUGCGCUGCAUAUAACUAAUAAGCUAAAGAACACUUCAGCAACAUACCAUCUACUAGAAGCAUUUUUCAACCAUCAGGAACAAUUUUAUGGGAAGGCAACAAUUAACAAGUCUAGAGCAGUUGUGACGGAGCAUAUAGUGGAGUUCACGGCAAAUGCACUUGGUUCAUCGUAUCAUUCUGCAAUCAAAUCCGGCUUCAACGAAACCAACACGGAUCUUGCAACAAGAUAUGCUUUCAAGUAUGGUUGCAUACGAGGAGUUUAUGGGACACCGUUCUUCUUCGUGAACGGGUUCCCGUUGCCCGAUGCCGGAUCGCCUCUCGACUAUAAAGGAUGGAGAAAAGUGUUGGAUCCUCUACUUGGAUAGUAGGAGUACCUACAAAUGCAAACAAUCUAGUUAUCUUUCCAAAUAUUUAGUACUAUUUCCGAUUUUAUUUAGCUUACUUUCAAUAUAUAUAAAUAUGUAUUGUACUGUAUUUCAAUUUUAAUUUAGUAUUGUACUCC